UCCGUUUAUUUCCCCCGUUUAUCGCUAAACCGGAUAACAGAUCUGCAGCUCGCGGCCGAGCUGGGCAAAACGCUGCUCGAGCGCAACAAAGAGCUGGAGGCGACGCUGAAGCACCAUCAGAACAUUAUCGAGGAUCACGUGCAGGAAAUAGAGUACUUAACGAAACAGAAUGCGGCCCUGCGCGAGGUGAACGACUCGCGGAUGAAGAUCUACGAGCAGCUGGAGGUAAGCAUUCAGGACCUGGAGCGGGACAAGUACAAGCUGGCGCUCGAGUACCAGGCGGAGAAGAAGCACGUCAAACAGCUGUGUAGCAAUAUAGAGAGCUUAGAAACCAAAGUAGAGGAGCUGACCCGAUCGCUCGAGGAUGCGCGGCGGCAGGUGGAGGCGGACCGGCGAACGAAGAAAACGGAACGGCUGCUAGGUCAGCAGCAGCAGCAAUUGCCCGGGCAGCCCGCUAUUGUAAUCAACAGCCCGACCAGCCAUGCAUCGAAAGACGCCAUACCGAACGCUCCUUCGCAGGAGGGCGUUAGCACCAGUCGACAGACAACCGAACCCUGUCAAUCGGCCAAACCGAUGCCGGCUGGAGCGGCAAAGCAAAGUGAUCCAGCAGCACCGUCGGCCGGUGCGGGUGAGCCACGCACCGAGGAGGAUGGUAUCGAGCAGUGCGAGCGGGACGGGGGGCCCACGGCCGACGACCACACGCUCAGCGAGGACAGCGAGGAGAUGCUGCGCAUCAUGCAGGAGCUCGAGCGCACGCAAAAGUGUCUCCUGUCCGAGCAGGGCAAGGUGGGCGACCUGGAGGAGCAGCUGGCGGUGAUCGCGCAGGAAAAUACCGCCCUGCAGUCGAAGCUGCUGAACGUGCACUCGACCGAGAUCCGGUCCGUGCACGACGAGCUGUCCAUGCUGGAGGAGUUCAGACAAGGGCCGGUGUGUACCCGGUGCCUGCGCGAUCUGGGCGAGCAGCAGGACGAGGACUCCAUCAUCACCGGCACCACCGAGGACGAUGCCAGCCUGAUGGAGCUGAUCCGCAACACGGACUUCCCGCAGACGUACCGGUCGGCGGUCACGAUUGAGAUUGAGCCGACGAAACCGGACAGCCUGGACCUGGCGCUGAGCGAGUGUGCCGGUCCGACCAACCCGUACCGGGAGCUGGUGGAAAAGUACGAGGCCCUGCUGGAGGUGCACCGCCAGCCGCUCGGGCAGAAGUCCGCAACGGCCGCACCGACGGGCGCACCGGGCCCGGCGACCGGUGUGGCCGGCUCGGGCAACAACACGCCGGUGGACAGCUGCCAGCCGCAGCAGCUGCUGGCCGACGCCGCCGACCUGCUGCCCUGCGGUCCGUCCACCCUCGGCGCCGGCGGUGACGACGCGCCCGAGCGGGCCGGGCCGGGCGAGCGGCGGGACGGGCGGGCGGUGGCCGCCACCGAGUGCUCCGAGACGGCCAGCUCCGGCUACUCGGACGAGGUGAGCAACAAGGCGACGCAGACGGACGAGAGCCCGCGCAACUUCCUCUGCACGAUCGCGGACGGCAAGGACUGGCGGUUCAACAUCUACGAGGACGACAGUGCGAUCGACUCGCGGUUCCGCUUCAGCCCGGCCCACCGGGAGCUGUUCCGCGAGAUCUUUAGCGUGCUGCGCAAGGCGGCCGAAAACCGGGACGAGGGCGACCAGCUGCCCCUGCUGGACGACACGAAGCCGGGCGCGGCGAAUCCGGCAGCGGCCCGUCCUGGUGGUGGUGGUGGUGGUGCGGCAGCGGUCACAGUGCCACCGGUGACGCCCGCAAACGACGAACCCCCGACCGGGUUCGGGCUGGAGAAGGAUCAGCAGCAAGGCGCGGCGGAGCAGGAUGACGAGAUCGGCGAGACGGUCAGCUUCGUGUCGUCGUCCGCCGUCAGCGAGCAGUCGUUCGCGAUGUCGGAGUGCAUCACCAAGUCGGAGCGGCGGCGAAUCGCCCGCCAGGCGAAGGCGGCCGGCCGGUACGCGGACGGGGAGCAGCAGGCGAACAGCGGGGCCGAUCCGGCCGGCCAGAAACCGGCCGGCCCGGGCUACAUCCCGCUCGAGUACAUCUCCGUGUCGGUGGGCGUGCGCAAGGGCAAAUCGCGCCGCCGCAGCCACCGGCGGGACGAAGCGCACACACCGCAGGGAGCAGCCGCCGGGGGUGGAGGGAUGGCGGCCACAACGACACCGACCCCGCCGCGCUCGGGAAGCGCCCGCAAGCACCGGACCUCCUUCCGGCCCUGGAACCCGGAACGGGACGGUGGGGUGGCCAUGGCCGCCGCCGACGCCAGCUGGAGUGCCGGGCGCGGCCACCGUUCGGCCACUCCGCUCAGCAGUGCCGGCACCACAACCGCAGCCGCGACGGCGACCGCCACCCCGCCCAGCGCCGCGGCGAUCAAUCCGGGCUCGUCGCGUACCUCCCGGCGGUCGGAGAAGAAGCGCAACGCCACGGCCGGGCUGCGCAACCGGUACGCCGACCUGAUGCAGGACGCGCUCGGCGACGAGGUGGUCGAGUUCCGGCCGUCCUCCGCCUCCCAGCACCUGCACAAGCUGCAGAAGCUGGACCUAUCCUACGCGGAGGUGCUGCGCCGGGCGGACGGGGGCCGCCGCCAAUACAAUCAGCCGCAGCAGCAGCAAUAGGCGCAAUAGCAACACAACACGACAGGGCUCCGCACUCCCGCCGGGUGUCUGCCAAAAGGGGUCGACUGAAUCGGCGCGGGCAAGGGCCGACUGGGCUGGGACGCAUUCCCGCAAGAUUUGGCGGAUUUGGGGUUCAGAUGCAAAUAGAUUUAGAAAGAUGCAAAUAGAA